AUGUGUGAGGUGUUUGGAUAUCAAAGCCAGACCCUACGGAGUGCCCUCUCCUUUAUAGCAUCAGUGCUAACCUGCGGGGUCCUUUUGCUGGUGUUCUAUUGGAGGCCCCAGUGGAGGGUGUGGGCCACCUGCAUCUCAUGCCCCUUGCAGGAAGCAGACACAGUUUUGCUGAGGACUACGGAUGAAUUUCAAAGGUAUAUGAGGAAGAAGGUGAUCUGCCUCUGCUUAUCCACACUAAAGUUUCCUAUAAACAAGAACCCAGGAGAACCUCUGGUGGCUGACUGCCACUCUGUCAUAAACAAAGCUGUACUGAAGCCAGAAUUAAAACUGCGAUGCAUCCAAGUUCAGAAAAUCAGAUAUGUUUGGGAUAACUUGGAGAAGCAAUUUAAAAAAGUUGGGUUACUGGAAGAUAGCAACUCUUGCUAUGAUAUCCAUCAUACAUUUGGAUUGGGUCUGACCAGUGAAGAGCAAGAGAUCAGAAGACUAGUGUGCGGACCCAAUGCCAUUGAGGUUGAAAUCCAGCCUAUAUGGAAACUGCUUGUUAAACAGGUUUUAAAUCCAUUCUACGUGUUCCAAUCCUUUACCCUAACUUUGUGGCUGAGUCAAGGUUACAUAGAAUAUUCUGUGGCCAUCAUCAUCUUGUCUGUUAUCUCCAUUGUCUUAAGUGUGUACGAUUUGAGACAGCAAUCAGUUAAACUGCAUAACCUUGUGGAAGAUCACAACAAAGUCCAGGUUACAAUCAACAUAAAAGACAAAGGUUUGCAGGAGCUGGAAUCUCAUCUCUUGGUUCCUGGAGACGUGCUUAUUCUUCCAGGAAAAUUGUCAUUGCCAUGUGAUGCUGUUCUGAUUGAUGGAAACUGUGUGGUGAAUGAAGGCAUGCUCACAGGAGAAAGUAUACCUGUUACAAAGACGCCAUUGCCCCAAUUGGAGAAUACCAUGCCCUGGAAAUGCCACAGCCUGGAGGACUAUCGGAGACAUGUUCUUUUUUGUGGAACAGAAGUUAUCCAGGUCAAGCCGUCUGGCACCGGGCCUGUAAGAGCGGUUGUUUUGCAAACAGGUUACAAUACAGCCAAAGGUGACUUAGUGAGAUCCAUCCUCUACCCUCGGCCUCUCAACUUCAAACUGUACAGUGAUGCCUUUAAAUUCAUUGUGUUCCUGGCCUUCCUUGGUGUUGGAGGUUUUUUCUAUGCCCUUGGGAUAUAUAUGCACCACGGAGUCCCUUCAAGAGACACUGUGACCAUGGCCCUGCUGCUCCUCACUGUGACUGUCCCACCUGUGUUGCCUGCUGCCCUCACUACUGGCAUCGUGUAUGCACAGAAAAGGCUGAAGAAGAAGAAAAUCUUCUGUAUCUCCCCACAGAGAAUCAAUAUGUGUGGACAACUAAACCUCGUGUGCUUUGACAAAACUGGUACUCUUACAGAAGAUGGUUUGGACCUCUGGGGGACAGUUCCUACUGCAGGCAACUGUUUCCAGGUGGUCCACAGUUUUACCUCAGGCAAGGCUUUGCCAUGGGGCCCACUGUGUGCGGCCAUGGCCAGCUGCCACUCUCUGAUCCUUCUCAAUGGGACCAUUCAGGGAGACCCAUUGGACCUCAAAAUGUUUGAGGGCACUGCCUGGAAAAUGGAAGAUUGCAGUGUAGACUACUGUACAUUUGGGAUGUCGGAUUCAAGAGUAAUAAUAAAACCAGGACCAAGGGCCAGUCAGAGUCCUGUGGAAGCCAUUGCCAUUCUGCUCCAGUUUCCAUUUUCCUCAAGCCUGCAGAGGAUGUCCGUGGUUGCUCAGCUGGCUGGGGAGGAUUACUUCCAUGCCUACAUGAAGGGUGCCCCAGAGAUGGUGGCCAGGUUCUGCAGAUCAGAAACAGUGCCCAAAAAUUUCUCACAAGAGCUGAGGAAUUACACAAUGCAAGGCUUCCGUGUCAUUGCCCUUGCCCAUAAAACCUUGAAGAUGGGGAUGCUUUCAGAAGUGUUGAGUUUAUCCAGGGAUGAGGUGGAGUCAGAGUUAACAUUUCUGGGACUUCUCAUAAUGGAAAAUCGUUUGAAAAAGGAAACCAAACCAGUCUUGAAGGAACUGAGAGAGGCCUGCAUCAGGACUGUAAUGAUUACAGGUGACAAUCUUCAAACUGCCAUUACUGUUGCAAAGAAUUCCGGGAUGAUUCCUCGAGAAAGCCAAGUGAUCCUUGUUGAAGCCAAUGAACCAGAAGAGUUUGCUCCUGCCUCUGUGACCUGGCAGCUGGUUGAAAACCAAGAGAAGGGAACAGGGAAGAAUGAAACCUAUAUUAACACUGGAAACCAUUCAGUACUUGAUAAAGAAGGAGGGAACUGCUACCAUUUUGCAAUGAGUGGGAAAUCAUAUCAAGUCAUAUUUCAGCAUUUCUACAGCUUGCUUCCAAAAAUUCUGGUGAACGGAACCAUUUUUGCAAGAAUGUCUCCUGGGCAGAAAUCAAGUCUUAUUGAAGAAUUUCAGAAAUUAAAUUAUUAUGUGGGCAUGUGUGGAGAUGGAGCUAAUGACUGUGGGGCUUUGAAAAUGGCUCAUGCAGGCAUCUCGCUAUCAGAGCAGGAGGCAUCCGUGGCAUCCCCUUUCACCUCAAAAACAGCCAACAUUGAGUGUGUGCCUCAUCUCAUCAAAGAAGGCCGAGCUGCUUUGGUUUCAUCCUUUGGGGUAUUUAAGUACUUGACUAUGUAUGGCAUAAUUCAGUUUAUUGGUACAUCAUUGCUCUAUUGGCAACUGCAACUCUUUGGAAAUUACCAAUAUCUCAUGCAAGAUGUAGCCAUUACGCUGAUGGUCUGCUUAACAAUGAGUUCAACGCAUGCCUACCCUACGCUGGCUCCGUAUAGACCAGCAGGACAGCUCCUCUCUCCCCCUUUGCUGCUCUCAGUCUUUUUGAAUUCCUGCUUCACCUGCAUCGUGCAGAUCAGUGCAUUUCUCUUUGUGAAGCAGCAGCCCUGGUAUUGUGAGGUCUACAGAUACAGUGAGUGUUUUCUGGCCAACCAAGGUAAUUUCUCAACAAAUGUGAGUUUGGAAAGAAAUACUGGAAAUGCAACUCUGACUCCUGGUUCAAUUUUAAGUUUUGAGAGCACCACAUUGUGGCCCAUCACCACCAUCAACUGUAUCACUGUCGCAUUUAUCUUUUCUAAGGGAAAGCCAUUUCGAAAACCCAUCUACACAAACUAUAUCUUCUCAUUUCUGCUGAUAUCUGCCUUGGGCCUCACAAUUUUCAUUUUGUUUUCUGAUUUUCAAGAUAUAUACCGUGGAAUGGAGUUCAUCCCAACCAUCACAUCAUGGAGGGUUUUAAUUCUCAUAGCAGCCCUCAUUCAAUUCUGUGUGGCCUUCUUUGUAGAGGAUGCCAUCCUUCAAAAUCGAGAGCUCUGGUUGUUGAUCAAGAAAGAAUUUGGAUUCUACUCUAAAAGUCAAUACAGGAACUGGCAAAAAAAGCUGGCAGAAGACUCAACCUGGCCUCCCACAAACAGGACAGACUAUUCAGGCAAUGACAAAAAUGGAUACUACAUCAACCUAGGCUAUGAAAGCCCUGAACAGAUUCCAAAAGAAAAACACGAAUUGAGAGGCCAAAGCACAGAGCAGCAUUUUUUAACCAGACUGUAA